AAAGAAGAGGCGAUGGAAUUCAUUCACCGGGGAGAGGACAAACCAGGGUGUGCCGAAAAAGACGUCGACUCAAUAAUUGGAAAGGGAUUGUUUGCUGAAAAAGCCUAUCGGAGAGGAGAGUUUAUAGUGGAAUAUGCUGGCGACCUCAUCAGUCGCAAAGAAGGACUCCGACGAGAAAAGUCUUACCCUGCCAGGAGAGGAAGUUAUAUCUUUUUUUUUGUCUGGAACAGCAAAAAGUACUGCUUGGAUGCAACAGAAUCAUCCAGAAAAGGCAGAUUUGCCAAUGAUGCAGCACCUGGUGAUGUCCAAUGCAAUGCUUCAGUUAAGUGUUUACCCAGCAAAGGAAAACCAUAUCUGGCUCUGUUUGCCAAUAGAAAAAUAGGAAUUGGGGAAGAAAUAAGAUAUGACUAUGGGGUUCCAGAUCUUCCAUGGAGAAAGCAGGGUAAAAAAUGUAAAAUAGGAAAAAAAGAAACUGCUUGUGUCCAAAAAGAUUUGCAACUAAAAGAGUGCAGAGUACUUGUCAAGAAACUACCAGUGGAUAUUAGUAAAGUGGUGUUUCUGUCUGAUUUGGUCCAUCAUGUAGAAGAAACACAAAAAGAAAUGAUUACACAAGGUUUGACGGAAGAAGGUGUUCAAGAAGAGUCACAAGAGGGAGAGAUUAUACAAGGAUUGCCGGAAGAUGUUGUAGAAGAGUCACAAGAAGAAGAGAUUACACAAGGAUUGCUGAAAGAGGAUGUUGAAGAUGAGUCACAAGAAAAAGAGAUUAUACAAGGAUUGCCAGAAGAAGAUGUUGUAGAAGAGUCACAAGAAGAAGAGAUUAUCCAAGGAUUUCCGGAUGAAGAUGUUGUAGAAGAGUCACAAGAGGAAGAGAUUAUACAAAGAUUGUCAGAUGAAGAUGUAGAAGAGUCACAAGAAGAAGAGAUGAUACAAGGAUUGUCAGAAGAAGAUGUAAAAGAGUCACAAGGGGAAGAGAUGAUACAAGGAUUGCCGGAAGAAGAUGUUGUAGAAGAGUCACAAGAGGAAGAGAUUAUACAAAGACUGUCGGAUGAAGAUGUAGAAGAGUCACAAGGGGAAGAGAUUAUACAAGGAUUGUCGGAUGAAGAUGUUGUAGAAGAGUCACAAGAGGAAGAGAUUAUAAAAGAAACCCAGGAAAUUGUUUCAAAAGAGUUCAAGAAAAAAGAUAGUUCUCUAGAUGUUAAUACAGAUAGUACAUUUGCUGAAGGAAAACAUGAUCUUUUGAGAUGUGGAAGAUGCAAAGGCAUUUAUAGUGAUGUAGCCUUGUUUGUUAAGCACAGAACAACUUGUCAUGCAAAGAAAUUGAGCACCAACGUAGAUCUUGGCAGAAAUUCAUCUUCCCUAAGCAGUGAUGAGUCUCAGAAUCUUGCAGUUGAGGAUGAACGAACAGCAGAUCAUCAAAAUCCAACAGGUAAUCAAACCAAAUCUAAAACAUCCAGACCAAGAAGACCAUGUCCAUUUUGUGGUACAAUGGCCUCUCGGCUCACUGACCACAUGAAGAGAAAACACAAGAUGGAAGAAAGUGUUAAAGCAGCAUUGGCAUUACCAAAGGAGUUAAGAGACAGAGAAUUUCAGAAGAUAAAAAAAGAAGGAAUUUUUUUAGCAAAUAAAAAUCUUCUUAAGGAAAAAAAUCCAGACUACAGCAAGAUUUUAGCAGAGCGAAAUCAAGGGAAGGACGCAUUGGCUAUGUGUUCCCUUUGUAAAGGAUUCUAUCACAGAAAGAUAAUUAACAGACAUAAGAAAAGGUGUGCUUCUGCAGAAGGUACCACUGACUACCCUGCAACAUAUAACAUCAAACUGGUGAGUCAGCCAAACUUCUCACACUCUUAUGUUGAAGAGAUUUUAAAUCGUUUUCAAGAAAAUGAGAUUUCAGCUGUCAUUCGAUCUGAUGAUUGGAUCCAAAGAUAUGGAUAUCUAUGCUUCCAAAACUUUGAGGGCACUGAGAAGAGAACAGAGAAAAGGUCAUCUCUUAUGUCUAAUCUAAGACGCCUAGCUCGCCUAUUUUUGGAGUUUAAACAAAUUAUUGCAAAGGAAAACCCAUCUAUAGAAUUGAAUUCUUGCAACCAAAUGUUUGAUAGAGAUUUCAUUCUCUAUAUUCAAGAGGCCAUUUGCUCUAUUACCACAGACAAAGAUACAAAUGCAGUGAAAAAUGGCCUGAAAGUUUCUCUGCGUUAUCUCAUAAGUGAUGUUUGCAAGGUUAUGAGAGCAAAUUAUCUAUUAAUGAAACAGGAUGAAAAAGCAGAAGAAAUGGCUAAAUUCAUCUCUGUUUUACAGCUGAUUUGGCCUUCCUUUUUUGCCAGUGCUGAAGAAUCAGUAGUAAAAAAGAGACAGUCGGAUUUAAGAAGACCAGUAAGACUGCCAAGUGAAAAGGAAAUAGAGAAAUUAAGAGACUGCACAAAGGAAAUUAUUGACAGUCUCUCCAUAGAUAUGUAUGAGACUUUUGACUAUUCAAAAUACAGUCAGCUACGAGAUGCUGUUGUUUGCAGAUUAACCCUGUUUAAUGCCAGAAGAGGGGGCGAGCCAAGCAGAAUGACAGUCAAAGAUUGGGAAGAUGCCCUCCAAGGUGUAUGGAUAGAUCAAACAAAGGUAGAACAUGUUGAAGAUGAUAUAGAAAAAAAGCUGUUGUGCGAAAACAAAAUUGCUUACAUACAUGCUUCAAAGGUAACCAAGCUAGUGCCACUUCUCAUACCAAAAGACUGUUGGCAAGCAAUGAAAAUUUUAACAGAUUAUGAAGUACGCAGAGGAGCAGAAAUUAAUGAGGACAAUACAUAUGCAUUUCCAAACAUAAAGCAUUCAAAAAAUCAUGCCUCAGGGUGGGUUGCUGUUAACAAUUUAUGCAAAAAAGCAGGACUGGAGCGCAAUAUAAGUGCAACAGAUAUGAGGCACUAUGUUGCAACAUCAUAUGCUCUCUUAGAUGUACCCCCAAAUGAGAGAGAAAUGUUUUAUAAACAUCUUGGACAUUCAAAACAAAUGAAUGAAAAUGUUUACCAGUGCCCUCCGGCAAUGAAAACAAUAACACAAGUUGGAAAAUUUCUAAAUCAGUUGGAAGGCAACUUUUGUACAGCCAUUUCAAGCUCUAAGAGUUCAGGUGCCAGGCAGGUUGAAGUCGAAGUUCUUUCAGAAUUUAUUGAAUUAAUGGCACCUGGUAUUUCAUUGCCGGACGUUCUAAACUUUUACACCAAAAUUGAUGAGGAACAUGUGACUGUUGACCCAGAGGAGUUAGAGGAGAGAAGACAUCUAGUUUUAAAUAAAGAUGUUCAAUGCCAAGCAAAACAAUUUUUUACAGAGGAUGCCUGGCUAGGCAUUAUGAAUACACUCAAAAUGCUAGCUGCAGAUACUGAGAACAAAAUUCAAAAGCAAAGCAAAACAUCCUCAUCAGGGUUAAAGAGAACCAUAAUUGACGAUGACCUUUCAGAAAGUGAGGUUCCUGGCCCAAGUCGAAUGAAAAGAUCAAAGAAAAAUAAAUUUGAUAGUGUUUCUUACAUUUGUGAGGAUAAUUCAUCAGAAGAAGAAUCAUCAAACAACGAUAACAUAUCCAAAGAAGAAGAGAAGAGUCCAGUUGUCAAGGGCCAGAGACAUACCUGGUUACCAGAGGAGAAUGCUGCGAUUGAGCGUUUCUUCAACAGUCACAUUGACGAUACAUCUAAACCUGGAAACAAAGGAAAACUGCAUGUUGCCAGUGACAUACGUAACUUCAUACUGAGCUAUCCAGAAAUACUGAAAGAUGUUCCGAAGCAGAAAAAAAUCCAUUUGAUUCGAACAAAAAUAUUAAAUCUGAGAAGAAAAAAGAGAGAAAAUGCCUUUGAAAGAAUAGAAAAAUUCAGAACAUAAUUCUAGCAGUGUCAGAGAGCUGAGCACAUAGUUCAAGCUAUGAAAUUUCUUUUGAGAGCAGAGUGUGUAUCUUUUACAAACACACAAUUUGGAGGCUUUCAGAUCAUUGAAGGACACACUAUCUCUCACUACCAUUGAAGUAAAACAUUGCUCUUGGCUUUGGCAUAUAGCAUGGUUACCUAUCAAAGUUCCAGUCAUCUUGUUUGUGCUCUUAUCUGUCUGAUUCAGAAGACUAGUACUGAUCUCUGACAUUGAGUUCAUUUCAAAAGUGGAUGAUUUUAUUAACACACCUUGAGGACAGAUGUCUUGAUGAAGCCAUGCAGGCCUUGGUCCAUUGAACUUUAAUCUAAUGUGGAACCCUGGUUUGGAGAAGUAUUGCAUAAGUAUUGUUUUGAUACUUUUGCAUGAUAAUGCUUUUAGAUUAUAGUAUUUUUAUAUGUGUACUGUACAUAGAGUAAAUGAAUGAGAGUACUAUGUCCAUAAUUGCAUUUCAAACUCAUUUUAUUGUUGAAGUUUACAUUAAAAGAAGAAAACUUUUCUUGAUUCAAUUGUAAAAUGAAUAAGUCUUUAUUUGCACUUGACACGGGUGUACAGUACAUGAUUACAUGCUCACGUUUAUUGUUGUUUCAUGUAGUUGGUAUAUUUUGGUCUACAUGGGCACUCUGAAAUGAGCUACAAUGAGUCCAGUGGCACUGGAUGAUACCCCUGCCUUUGAGCAGAUAAUACGGUUGAUGUGAACAUGAACCAAUGCCUUUAAUUAAUGUGUCAAGUAGUGGGGG